UGGAAGUGCUCGGAUAUGACUGAUACUUUUCAGUCGAAACAAGGCGGCUGGCGAAUCCCCAAGGCCUGUCAGGAAUGCCGCAAGCGCAAGAUCCGAUGCAACGGGCUUAACCCCUGCAAGACAUGCGAGUUGCGAAAUACAGAUUGUGUAUACCGUGACUUUAUUCGUCAUCGAAGGAAGCAGCAUGAAUACCAGGUGCCCCAGGGAAGUCGACCUCGCCAUACCUCGCCAGGCAUCAUGAACUCUGGAGAACAGAACUCGGUCAUGGAGAAUUUCCCCAACAGUGUCUCAGCAACACACAUGGCUAGUCCAUCAUGCCAAAUGCAAUUGUAUUAUGGGCCGACGUCGCAUUUCUCGCUCAUGCAACAUGUCUACCGGGAUCUUUUCUCGCAUCCGACAGCCCAAUCCGAGCCCGCAGGUGAAGUUGACGAAGCGGGGGCAGGGUUGGACUUGUUCAGCUUUCGCCGCAUCUUCUUCGGAACACCCGAUACUCACGAAGGAGGAAAGGGAGGUGGUCCUGGCGACGUCCCAGUCAUGUUUUUGCCACAGGAGCUUGCCAGGCUGUUUCUCUCUCGCUUUCUGUCAACUCUCUACCAUAUGAUGCCACAUCGUCCUAAGAGCUACCUUGAACAGCUUUUGAUACAGCUUUAUAGCUCAUCGCCUUCCACCCACCCGGAUACCCUAGCCCAGGCCAUCCUUUUGCUCGCACUGGCAACCGCUUCACUUGGCACGGAGUAUUUUGCCUGGGGUGACGUGCUGUAUGAACGGGUCAAAGCCUCUCUCGCUGCCUUUGAUGAUGUGGUCAAUCUUCAAACUAUCCAAAUCUCAUUGCUCAUGAUAAGUCCAAACGAACAAGGCCGGCCUAACUCAGCUUUUCUUCACCUUGGAUCUGCCUCCCGCAAAGCCCUUUCCGCCGGUCUACACAAAGAUGUGCCCCACAAUGACGUCCAAACUCAGGAAAGUAUUGAGGAACGCCGAAUCACGUUUUGGUCUCUAUACCUUUACGAAACGUGGUUUUGCUUUCACUCCGGACGACCUAGUUCCCUGUCUUUAAAGGAUGUUGCAAUUGAACCUGCGCAGGACCCGUUUGUUGCGAGGCUGGUGGGGCUUUGCAAAACCAUAUCUCGAUCAACCGAUGAGAUCUACAGCCAACGGCAUGAAUCCUUACUUCAUAUGUGGAGAGUCGCUCGCUCGAUUAGGGAAGAUCUUCACGGACAUGAAGCACACCUUGAGCAGGAACUGGGCUUUGGCUUAGAUGCGACAAUCCGGUCUGGAUCCCUUGGGGUUCAACAAACAAUAUUUACCACCCUCUAUUAUCACACUCUUCUUUUGACUUUUCGCCCAUUCUUGAUCUUCCGUGGUCACUGGCAGCGUGAUAUGAAGAUGCAUAUUCAAGAAUACAAUGAUCGCUCCGCAAAGCGCCCGACAGAAACUCCCCCAUGGCUUCAUGAAGCCUGCAACUACGCGCUUACCGCUGCCCAGAAAACAAUUCACCAUUUGUGCGAGGCUUCUAGGGUGAAUGAUCUAGUUCGGGUAAUGAUUUCUUUUGUCGAGUGGCUAUUGUGCGCCUGGGAUUCCGCACUAACCGAAAAACAGCAAUUACGGUAUCAUGGAUAUUUCAUGGGCAGUUCCACUUUUACGUUAAUCUACGACUUUCUUCAUGAUCCAAAGGUCGCACCCGUUCAUCUUCCAUGGGUGUAUGCGUCUUUGCAGAAUCUCUCCACUAUGCGAGCUGGCGAGCCCAUCAAGAGCACCAUUUCGGCUAUCCAAACUGUUCUCAGGAAGAUUAAUCCGGCAUACGAAUGGACCAUGUAUCCCAACGAAAGGAGUCGGGAUGCUCAGCCGGAACAGACUUCGCCAUCACAGCAGACAGGGGUCAACGACAAUCAUCCGGCGCGUUUCGCCCCUGCUUUGCUUCCCAAUCAACCUCAGGGACCGAAAUUCGACUCGCCGACGUCACAGUGGAAUCUUCCGGCAUUGGAAAUGCCAGAAACAGUGGGCUCUGGAGGCUCUGGAGAAGAUUUGCUUGAUUUUACGCAGUCCGACAUGGGUUGGGAUUUCGAUUUUUCUACCAUGGACCUCGAGGCCUUCCUUUCCAUUCAUCAGUCUCCAGAUCUUCCGAUUUCCUGA